AUGUGUAUUGCAAUAACAUUAUUUACAUUAACAAUUAUUAUAAUAAUUUAUUUAACAUAUAUCUAUUGUAAAAAAUUGUCACCAUUUAUUAAUUAUGCAAUUAUUUUUGAUGCCGGUUCAUCACAUACAAAAAUGUAUGUUUAUAAUUGGCCAGCUGAUAAAUCAGAUGGUUUAGGUUCAACAUCAACUGUUAGUGAAUAUUUUUGUUGUUCAUUAUCAUCAAUUGUUAAAACAUUACCAAUAACAUCUAAUUCAACAAAAUUAACAGAAAUAAAAUUUCGUGCUAUUUCUGAUUUUGAAAAUCAUUUAGAAUAUCUUGAAGAAUAUUUUCAUGUAUGUUUAGAAGAUGCUAAAAAAAAAAUUCCAUCUACUAGACAUGGAUAUUCACCAAUAUUUUUGGGUGCUACUGCUGGAAUGAGAUUAAUACGUCUUAGAAAUAAAACAAAAUCAGAUGAGAUUUUAGACAAAAUACGUGAAAUAUUUUAUAAUUAUCCAUUUCAAUUUGUGAGAAUAUUGACAGGUCUUGAAGAAGCUAUUGAUGGUUGGAUAACAACAAAUUUGUUAUUAGAAAAAUUUAAUCACAAACAUGGACGUCGAAAAUCUCAAAAAAAUUAUAAAUCAGAUGAAAUUGAUUCGGAUAUGGUUGGUGUUCUUGAUUUGGGUGGUGCAUCAACACAAGUAACAUUUACUCAUAAUAAUUUACCAAAUGAACAAAUACCAUCAAAAUAUACAACAAAUAUUACAUUAUUUGAUAAAAUUUAUUCACCAUAUGCUCAUAGUUAUUUAUGUUGGGGUAAAAAUGAAGUACAUAGACGAUAUCGUGCUCGAUUAAUAAAUGAACAAAUGAAAUAUCUUCUAUUUCAACAACAGUAUAUACGUUUAAAUAUAGAUGAUUAUUGUUUGCCAAAUAAUGCAAAUGAAACAAUAUUAUGGAAUACUAUAUUUCGUUCACCAUGUCUAAUAAAUGAAAGAAAACAAUUUUUUAUACAAAAUAAAACUAAAAAUGUAUCAACAGUUUUAUUUAUUGGUAAAGGUAAUUCGACUAUGUGUGAAAAAUUAAUAUUAAAUUUAAUUAAUAUAAAAAAAUUAGAUAAAAAUAUUAAUUGUUCAUAUAAAGCAGAUUUUUGUACAUUUGAUCAUACAUAUCAGCCAACAUUACCAAAAACUAAUGAUUUUAUUGGUUUAUCCGGUUAUUAUUAUGUAUUUAAUAAUUUAGCGUAUGGUUUACAUAAUCGAACAAAUCAAACAUUUGAUAAAUUUAAUUUAAAAAAUUAUCGUAUAUCGGAUAUUAAAAAACGUAUUGAUAAUGUAUGUGAAAAAUCAUUUGAUCUCUAUCAAAAACAAGAAGAUAUGUCUCAAUAUAAUGAACAACAUAAACGAACAAUGUGUUUUGAUGGUUGGUAUGUUUGGUUAUUAUUAACACAUGCUCUUGGAUGGAAAGAAGAAAAUUUAAAACGUCUUAGUUUUGUAAAACGUUUACCAACAGGUGAAGUAGGUUGGACACUAGGAUAUAUGAUUAAUCAAACAAAUUAUAUACCACGUGAAUAUAGACGAAAAGCAUUACAAAAAAAUUCAUUUGUAUUAUGGUUAUGUCUUGCAUUAACGAUUGCAUUAGCAUCAAUCAUAUUUCUAAUAUUAACGUGUCAAAAAUAUAUUAAAUAUUAUAGAAUUAAACAACAAAAUAAAAGAAGACAUCAACAACAGCAACCAUCAAACAGUCAUUCUAUACCAGUUGAAGAAAAUGAACUUAUUAGAUAA